AUGAAAGCUCAAGCUUUAGCGGAUCACUUAGCGGAAAAUCCUGUUGAUGAUGAGUAUCAGCCUUUGAGUACUUACUUUCCGGAUGAGGAAGUAAACUCAGUUGAGGUAACUUUAGAGGACGCCAAUGAUUGGAAAAUGUUCUUUGAUGGAGCUAUGAAUGCAAAAGGUAUCGGGAUUGGGGCAAUCUUGAUCUCACCCACUAGUCAGCAUUAUCUGGCCACAGCCCGGCUUUGGUUUUUCUGCACCAACAACACUGCCGAGUAUGCAGCCUACAUUAUGGAGGUUGAAAUUCCAUCUCUCCGAAUCAUUAUUGAGGCUGAAAUUGAGGAUAGUGAGUGGGUCAAGACCCGUCUAGAACAAUUAACCUUGAUUGACGAAAAGCGGAUGGCUGCAUUUUGCCACGGGCAAUUGUAUCAACAAAGAAUGGCCCGUGCCUACUACAAGAAAGUGUGGCCUAGGAACUUUGAAGUGGGGCAACUCUUUUUGAGACGUAUUCUCCCUCAUCACAAGGAAUCAAAAGGAAAGUUUGCCUCAAACUGGAAAGGUCCAUACAUUAUAACAAAAUUGUUGCCGAAAGGGGCAUUGUACUUGGGAGACAUUGAAGGAAAUGAUCCUAAAACAGCUAUCAAUGCAGACGUAGUCAAAAG